AUGGGCUGCGCAGCGCUGAAGGUGCCGUGCGGCGCUCGUCGCCGACGCACCGGUCCGACGGUCGACUUGGUCGUCGGCAGCGCAGUACGAGCAGCGGUUGCCUCGCUUUCCGAGAAGAGGCUUAUCCUUGUAUUUGGAGGUCCCGGGUCUCGCAAAGGUCAAAUCGUGAAUGACCUUGCGAACUGCUUCGGCUUCGAGAUGGUCAGUGCUGAGAAGUUAAUCCUGGCCUACUUUGCUCGUCACCUGCACCUGCAUGAAGAGACAUCAGGGCCCGUAGGGUCAACUCAGUCCGUCGAGGAAAUGCUCAAGGGGGACGAGAACCUUGUGAGCCUGUGGCUUCUACUGGAACUGCUGGGCCAGGAACUGGAUUCGCGCUGGCGACCAGGCAUUGUGUUUCUCGCCGAUCCGGUGCCAAACCUGCGAUACAUGCUGCCCAGCAAACGCCAAAUGCGACGCUGCCAACGUGACAUGCAGCUCUUCGAGAAACAGUGGCCGUGCCUAUUCGCUCUAAGUCUGUGCGUACCGGAGUCGCGGCUGUGUCCACCAGCCUCUCGUUCCCGCGCACCGAAACUGGGUGACGAGAAGGACAUCGCAAAGACAAAGAAGCGGUACCAGGAGUACACGGAGACCGUGCACGAGUUGCUGCAGUACUUCAGGGAUGCCAACCGGCUCGUUGCAGCCGACGUGCCACACGACGCAAGCCUCGUUUCCGAGGAACUGGUCAAAUUCCUGGAUUCACUCGGAUUCGUUCCUCGCUGCACUCUCGACCCAAACGUCGUCUUCUUACCCGUGGCUAAGGGCAAACGGCGACACAGUCGAUCGAGUGCCAUUAUCCACGGCAGUCCAAAGCAAGGUGCUGGAUCACUGGCUGGUUCCCCAGCGCUACUGCAAUCUUCUUUUUAUUCAGUUGCAGUUAAUCGGGCUGAACCUCAAGACUGCAAGUGUCUUGGCAUCAUUCACGCUGCCAACAAGGAAGGGCAGCAGGGUCUUCUGGAGAGGCCGAUGCGGCUGGCGAACCAGCCAAACCGGCGCUUUUACACCGUGUGCUGGGAGAAGCCGGCCGACGAUGGCGACCGAAAAGAGCGUAAGGUGCUGUUCAGCGGCGUUGAGAAACUCGUCGGGGACAAAGCCACACGCUCCGUAGGCACAGCGCUGGGCGAGACGUACCUGUUUCCCGAAGACACGGACUGGAAUGCGUGUCGGCAGGUGGCGCUCUUGUGCUCGAAGCACCUGCACUGGCAGUGUACCGAUCAACGAAAUGGAGCAGACGCUAAUCAGCCAUUUUCGUCGGACACAUAAGUUGACUCUGUCUUCAGAUAAGACUCUAAUGCCAUAUUAUCGGGCGCAGACGAGAGUUAUUGUAGAUUGAAAUAGAGGAACGUUUUACGCGGGAUCCACGUGAUUCUUUACAGGAUUCAUAUUCCAGAUGACGUGC